AGACUCAUCUUACCAAUCUCGAACACACAACACACAGUCACCAUCUCUCUCUUUAUUUCACACGCAUACAUUUAGGGAAUCAGAAGCAUAUAAACAAAAGAAAGGAAAAAAACCUUUUUUAUCUUCACAAGUUAAGAAAGUGUGUGCUGGGUUGUAAAACAUAAUCCAAGAUCCUCUCACUCAAAGAAAGGGGAGAUUCAAAAUCUAUAGUGAAGAAGAUUGGGUACAAUGACGAGAGAGAAGAUAAGGAUAAAGAAGAUAGAUAACCUAACAGCGAGACAAGUUACUUUCUCUAAGAGAAGAAGGGGAAUCAUCAAGAAAGCCAAUGAACUUUCGAUUCUUUGCGAUGCUGAUGUUGCUCUCAUCAUCUUCUCUGCUACUGGAAAGCUCUUCGAAUUCUCUAGCUCAAGUAUGAGAGACAUCUUGGGAAGGUAUAAUCUUCAUGCAAGUAACAUCAACAAAAUGAUGGGUCCACCUUCUCCGUAUCACCAGCUAGAGAAUUGUAACCUCUCCCGACUAAGUAAGGAAGUCGAAGACAAAACCAAGCAGCUCAGACAAAUGAGAGGGGAAGAUCUUGAAGGAUUGAACUUAGAAGAGUUGCAGCGGCUGGAGAAAUCGCUUGAAUGUGGACUUAGUCGUGUGUCUGAAAAGAAGGGCGAAUGUGUGAUGAGCCAGAUAUCUUCACUUGAGAAACGGGGAUCAGAGUUGGUGGAUGAGAAUAGAAGACUGAGGGAGCAACUAGUGACGUUGGAAAUGGCUAAAACGAUGGCGUUAAAGGAGGCUGUGGAGACAGAGUCGGCGACCACAAAUGUGUCAAGCUAUGACAGUGGAGCUCCCAUUGAAGAUGACUUCUCAGAUACUUCCCUUAAGCUUGGGCUUCCAUCUUGGGAAUGAAUCGGAGAAAGAAGAGUGCAGCAGAGUUGACUUGGAUGAGACAUGAAACAAACUGAUCCGAGUCGUCAUUUUUCACUUUCUUUCCUUUCAUAAGUGUUGAACAAAAUUCAGAUGUGAAGAAUGAAAUUCUCAUUGCAUUGUGGAGACCGUGAUAGCAAGCGUAUCACAUCGUGUUACUGUUUCUCUUUCUU